CUCUCUCUCUCUCUCUCUCUCUCUCUCUCUCCUCAAUCCUCGCAUAAGCCCACCCAUUGGAGCUGUUUUCAUUAUUCUCCGAUUAUCUCUCUGUAAAACGACAGAUACAUAAUUUCUUAUCCGUUAUCGGUCGGACGUUAUGAUCAAAAAUCGAUAUUCCCUGUGCUUUUAGGGUUCUGUAUCUCUGAAAAAUAGUGUUUUAAUUUCUCCAAGGUAGUGGUUGAACAAUAUCAACGAUUUCUCUCGAUCUUUAGUGAUCAGCUUUUUUUAACUUUGCUGUUCAGUAAGAAGACGUAUUUGAAUCCAUUAAGAGUGUUGAUUGCGCGUGUUCUCGAGAGGACUGUUAAUAUUUUUGGGUAACCCUAAAUCCGAGUUGAACUCGAGCUUCGUUGGUGUUGUAUUGUCGUUUUACAAAUUGAUCGAAGCGUUGUUGAACUUGAAUCGCUAUGGGUCAUGUUGUUGGUGGCAAGUAUAAGCUGGGUAGAAAGAUUGGGAGUGGCUCUUUCGGUGAGCUGUAUUUAGGUGUCAAUAUACAAAACGAAGAAGAAGUAGCCAUCAAGUUGGAGUCAGUCAAGACCAAACACCCUCAACUUCACUACGAAUCAAAAAUUUAUAUUCUUCUUCAAGGAGGAACUGGCAUUCCCAGCCUUAAAUGGUUUGGAGUUGAGGGUGAAUACAAUGUUAUGGUCAUUGAUCUUCUUGGCCCAAGUUUGGAAGAUCUCUUCAACUACUGCAAUAGGAAGUUCUCUCUGAAAACUGUAUUAAUGCUUGCUGAUCAAUUAAUUAACAGAGUUGAAUUCAUGCAUGCUAGAGGGUUUCUACACCGUGAUAUAAAGCCGGACAACUUUUUAAUGGGUCUUGGCCGCAAAGCAAAUCAGGUUUAUGUCAUUGACUAUGGCCUUGCUAAGAAGUACAGAGAUCUCCAGACUCAUAAACAUAUACCAUACAGGGAAAACAAGAAUUUGACGGGUACUGCUCGCUAUGCUAGUGUCAACACACACCUUGGAGUUGAACAAAGCAGGAGGGAUGAUUUGGAGUCUUUGGGUUAUGUACUUAUGUACUUCCUCAGAGGAAGUCUUCCCUGGCAAGGAUUAAGAGCUGGUACCAAAAAGCAGAAAUAUGAUAGAAUCAGUGAGAAGAAGAUGAUAACUCCUAUAGAGGUGCUUUGCAAAUCGUAUCCAUCUGAAUUCGCAUCAUACUUUCACUAUUGUCGAUCAUUACGUUUUGAAGACAAACCUGACUAUUCAUAUCUGAAGCGGCUUUUUAGAGAUUUAUUCAUUCGGGAAGGCUAUCAAUUUGACUAUGUUUUCGAUUGGACAAUUUUGAAGUAUCCUCAGAUUGGCGGCACCAGUUCUAGAGGACGUGUUAGUCCUAAUCCCAGUGGGGGUGCAGGAUUAGAUGCUGGGCCAUCUGCAGAAAGACAAGGAAGGACAUCUGUGGGGCAAGAUAUCAGAGACAAGUUUUCAGGUGCUGUUGAAGCAUUUUCAAGGAGAAAUGGGGUAGGUUCUGGUCGGCAUGCUGAUCAGUCGAGGCAGAAGUCAGAGGAUAUUCAAUCAUCUAAAUAUGUUCAAGCUGAUUCAGAAAAUGGUAACACAUUGCGAAAUGGAAGUUCGAGGAGAGGCACCAUUGCAAGCAGCAGGGAGGCCACUGAUGGUGUUCGCUCAAACAGAUUAGUCUCAAGCAGUGGGCGUUUGUCCACGGCUCAGAGGGUGGAAUCUAAAACAUCAUCCUACUCCCGGACUGGAGUCACAAAGGGCACACGUGACGACUUUCUUCGUAGCUUUGAUUUCCUCUCCAUCAGAAAGUAAGGUGAUGCAUUUGUAAAGAUAAAUUACGUGUCUUAAAAUUUUAAAAAGAAAAAAUCAGAGGCUAUUGAAGGUGUGUAAAUCAAAAGAUUUACUGUCCUGGAACUAAAGCUGAUAUCAAUACUUAUUCAGUUAUUUUUUAUCGAGUUUCUGGCCAUUGUAACGAUCAUACUACCCAUCCGAGGGAAGGAUGAGUUAUGCGUAGUAGAAAUAUUUGUGGAA